AUGCCUCACAGAGAGCCCCCCCUUGCAUCCCAGGAUGAACGAGCAAAGCUGGUUAAGAAGAUGGGCGAAGAGUGCGACGUGGUGGAUUUGUUGCUUGGGGCCAAACAGAUCUGGGAUAUGAACUUCAUGCUUUGCGCAGAUGUCCAACAUAAAGAAGAGCUCCAUCCACAACCAGCAACAGAUUAUCUGGAGGGUUUGGUUUCCCCAGAGCAUCUGGAUCUUCCAAGCCCAGACACUCGUAUGGGCAUUUUGGUGCUUUGCAGUUCGGGCUUUGGAGGAGCUGGGAUCAAUCACUUUGUACCGGCAUUUUGUGCUGAAGAACUAGGAGAUGAAGAUUUUGAGAAACUAGCAGCCGCAUGGACAGAACGCCACCAGAAACACCUGAGCUAUCUCAAAACAGCCAUCAAGAAAGCCUCGAACAAGCUGCAGCGCACAAAGCUGAGAUUCGGGGAUGGCUCUGAGAAUGUGGAACUGGCGCUGGUAGAGCUCGCUUCAUUGGAGGGUGAAUGGACCCAGGCAGCUCAGUGGCAUGAUUUCCAGAAAAAAUGUCACAGAUCCAAGUUGCAUGCGAUAGAAGUUCCGGCAGAUGGGAAUUGCAUGCUGUGGAGCGUGAAAUGUCUGGUCGAGGAUGAUAUACAUGGUCUCAAGUGUGACGCAGACAGCCAAGAGCAUGUGGCAGUGAUUAGAAAAUGGAGAUCGAAGUUGGCAGCAAGAUGGACAGAGGUGAGAAACUCCGACAGUUGGCAACUUCUCUAUGAGCAAAUGUAUGUAGCUUCAGACGCACAGGUGCGUUUUGCUGAGGCUUCUGGUGAGCCUGCCGGAGAACCUUCAGUGAAAAGGGAACUUUCGACUCCACCACGGCAAGCUCGACGAGAUCCUGGAGAUGUUUCCAAAUCCACUCCGGAGGAAAAGAAGCAGAAGAAGCCCAAACCUGGAGAUGUUCCCAAAGAACAUGGAAAUGCUCCCAAAGCCAGUCAAGAGGAAAAGAAGCAGACGAGGCCCCAACGGAUCGCCAGCACUCGCACGGCCCCUGGGUUUUCGUCCCCUGUCAUCAACCAGAAAUUUGCAAAAAAGACUUCAGCAGGGCGGAAGAAGCAGAAGAAGCAGAAGAAGUGCAAGGCAAACAUUGAUGAGAACGGUGAAGCGGGUGAACAAGUCGAGGGCGAGGAUGACAUUGAGGAUGAGAUUGACGUUGAUGUUGCAGAGACCAAGGGUCUUGAUGAGAAAGAGGGGGCAGGUCGUCGACCUCGCAAGCCACGUGGCAGGGCUGCUCGAAGGAAAGUCACGGACAGAGAUGUCAAGUUGACGGCAUUGAAAAGAUACAUGGCAAAGAUGAAGAUCACGUACUAUGACUGGCAGACUGAACACUGGAGGAAAGCUACGGGCUGUCCGGUCGGCAAAUACACAGAGCUGCAGGACUUUCUGGUGGGGGAUCCAGCGAAGUGGCAGGAAGUGGAGUGCAAGGCUUGCCGGUCACUGCUGGCGUCAGCCGGUUUUGAUGCAGAGAUGGCUGAGAAAUCUAUGGAGUUUGCCUUGCAAGGCAACCAGAACAUAGCUCCAGACUCAGCCGGGGUUGAGCCGCAAGAGGAGCCACAGCAGCAGCACGCAGAGGAGGAACAAGAAUCCGAUGCAGAGGUAGACAAUGCACUUGCUUUCCACGCCCUGGUUACGAGCAUUGAUGCUCACCUUGAGGUGAUUCCCAGCUACGGCCACAAGCAGCAAAUUCCAGUGAGGUGCACGAUCUGUACUUCCAGGAAGCAGCCCAUGGGAAAAGUCAUUGAUGCAGUGUCCAGAGCCAGAAAGGACUGCCGACGGUAUCUCCAGCAACAUGUCGACACGAUGACUCACCAGGGAGCUUUGUCAGCAAUAGAAGCCAAGCGUCGCGCGCCGCCAGCACCUCCGAAGCAGGUGAAGUGCCAAGGCAUUGUGAUCCCAAAGGAGCCAGAGGAGUCCGAGGUGGUCACCAAGCUGCAUGCCAUAUCCCACCAUUUGUUCUUGUGGAUUCACUGGCUUCCAAAAGAUCCACAGUUCCUGCAGCAUAGCUACACGACGAGCCAUCAAGGAAGGAGCAUGACUAUCCGUCAUGGAAAUUGCACACAGCUAUGUGAACACAAUCAUCAUGCGUGCGCUGAAUGCACAAAGCUCUUGCAUAGCCACAGCAUCAGGCGUACCCUUGUGAAAUUUGCCAAAAAGAAGUUCGCUGCUGAGAAGCUUUUUGCCAUGAUGUACCUGUCCGCUGAGAAAGAGAAGGAAGUUGUCGAGAAGAUGAAGGCAGACACUUUCUAUAAGACCAAUCCCACCCCCUUUGACAACGUGAUGAAACUCAAUCUGCUGCAGUUGAGGAAUUGGGUCAACUCUACCUUCCUUUGCCAUCACAAGGAUGUCCGAAGCGACCCUGAGCAGAGCUUCAUUGACACGGUGGUCAUGCCUUGUGUUCAGGUAAACGUGUCUACAGCUCUCAAAGUCAAACCUGGACUUCUGCAAUGUGUGCAGGUGUUUGAGAAUGCCUUGGAGGACGGCUGCACUUCCAUCAUGGACAAGAUCAACAUUCACAUUGCCAAAGCUUCGAUCGAGGGAAAGCUUGCCAGGCACCCAAUGAUUCAGGGGCUCACUUUGUCUUGCCUCAAGUUGCUAGACAGGCAGGAACAAGGCAAAGAUCAGAGAGGCCGCAAUGCAGCUGGAUCAAUACAUGGAGAAGACAUUGCGCAAGAGAUGGUGCAACAAGCUGGCGCCACGCUUGCCAUCAUGGGCUGCAACUCCGAGAUGCUAAAACGCUUUGGAGUGAGCCGCUGGGUCAAAAAGCGACUUUCGGACAUGGAGGAGCUGGGCUUGCCGACUCCCAUGCUUGCCCUCAACGACAAGAAGCUCAUCGAGCACAAUAUGCACAUGAUCGAACAGCGGCUGUCCGUGACUACGGGCAAGGAAGGGUGUAGGUUCAUAGCUGCAUUUGAUGCCACCUACUUGCUGCAGAUCAGCACCCAAUUUCACGACAAAAAGAAUGACAAGGUGAACUUGGUGGGAGGCGCAUGGAGACCGCUGAAGGAUCAGAAUUGCAGCGUUGAGGUUGUUGAGGAUCUCGAGAUUGCAAACAUCACACCUGCAACUGACAUGUUGGCGUUCUUGUGUUGGGAUCCUGGUGCACAGCGGCAGCUUGCGCUGCCCGCGGCAGAGAUGCCGGUGAACAUUGGGGAGGUUGACUCCAAGUUCAUGGUGCAGACCGUGGAUUUGUUCAUGGAAAGCGCUCAUGACUUUGUUCGCGUCCUUUGCUUCGAUGCCCAUGGAAGCCACCAGUCGAUCAGGUCAUCCUUUGAGUCGAAGUUCUUCAGCGAACUGAAAUUUCAACCCGCUAUGAGCGCCAUUCGAACGAUCCACUGUGGUCGUUAUUGGGUGGAUCUCAGCGGAACUUUGCUCUGCGGCAUGCCAAAAUCGGCAUACAGCCGCGACGACAAUCAGUCAGAUUGUCUCUCAGCGCUCUUGGCAAAUCCCUGGUUCUACGUGGGGACAUCUGCAGGAAACAUGUCCAUGAUCUCCGUUCCAUGGAUGAACCGAGGAAGCCUGCUUUGGUCACUUUCAACUGCCCUGGUCUUCAGCCCCAUGCUGCACAAAGCCCUCUCGCUGGCUCAGAGGUUGGAGGUCUCCGUGUCAGGAUACAUCCUUUUGGAUUUGUGGCAGCUGCUGGGAGCAAAGUUGGAAGCCGAGCGCGGCGCUUUUGUGGGCAGCUUGUCGAUGGCUCGGGAAACAGUGGGCAACCUGCAAAAUCUCACACUGUCAUUGGUGACUAUGGCAACCAGCAAGCCAGCCACCCGCCUGGAUAUGGAGUUGGACGAUUGGUGCCCUUGGCAGUAUGGCUCGGCCCGCUGCUCAGAGCUUACCAUAGAGCAGAUGUUCGGCAGAUUGCGGCGAUCCCAAUCCAACGCUCAGCUCUCAGCAAUGCAAUUUUGGGAUGCGUCCCAAAAGGAGAUGGCCGCUGCAUCCCAGAAACUUUUCCAGGAGAAUGACAAGUUGAAAGAGAUCGCAAAGGAGCCACCGCUCAGCGAGGGGCAGUUCCGCGAGUGCUGUGGGCGUGCCUAUUCUUCGGCUGUGAAGUUAGCUUCAUUUGCCGCGGGUGUCACAGAGGCAUCGCUUCGGCAGUACUAUGAGGACAGCGUCCAAUCAGGUUGGUUCGACAGUGGUGUUGGGCAUGUCAUGGACUUUGAAAACGAUUCGGAUGAUGAGGAAGAGGCUGCAGAAGCCCGUGAUUUGUCAGGCAACGUUGUGCUCUACGUAAGCGAGGAUCAGGCAAUCCUCAUUGGAUUGGUGCUGACUAUCUGGCGCAUUGGGAAGAAGAGAAAACCAAUGCCAGGGGCGUGUUUGGUUGCUUCGGACGCCAGCAUGGUUCGGAUCAUUCCUUUGGAUGCUCUGGUGACGGUGUUGGAUUGCGAAGAGUGCAACCUGCCAGCUCACGAGCUCAUUGACCGGUGCGUGCUCACACUCAGUGAGGAUUCCAUGAAAUCUGUCGACGAGGCGAAAGAGAGGACAGCCGAUGGUUGGAGAUGCAGCUUCACAUCCCAGGACAUGCCUCUUGCGAAUGCCAAAGAGAAAGGGAAAACUCGCAAGAGGAGGGCAAGAUGGUUUGCCAAGCCACGCCUCGCAAAAAAAGCACUCGCAAAAGCGAAGGCGGCAUCAAAGAAGGUCAAGAAGAAAGUCAAAAAGCAGAAGUCGAAGAAGGGAACUUCAUCCAACGAGAAGAAGUUGGAGCCAAUUGCAGAGAAUUUUGGACGUUCCAACCAAGGUCGGAGAUUGAUCAAGCAGCAAAUGGUAGAAGUGCUGGAUUUGGAUGUGACCAAAUUCCCGGACAAACCAGCGUUCGAUGCGGACUCCGGCAAGUGCAGAUUGAAGAUUCCUGCCGCUGAGGGGCAAACCUGGACGACAGUGGUGCUCAAGUCGCCAGUGUUCUUUGAGCAGGAGUAUGCCAAACGAGACAGAGCGCAAUAUGGUAAGUCAGUGGCAUUGCACUUCCAGACCUUGAAGAAGCAACUGAAUGAUCAGCAAAGAGGGCCUUGGUUGAAGCUCCUGAAAGCUAUGUGCGAGAUGCCAGAUGUGACGGCUUAA